AUGCCUUGUUGUCACGGGACCAGUGCUCCACUGUCUGGCCGACAUUGGUGUUCUCUUGGCGCAGAGCAGAGUACACGAGUUGAAGAUGCCAAGGGAUUAUCACUCUUAUUUCCUCCUAUUCGCAGACAACCAUGCAUAAACGCUAAUUGUACGCAUCUAUCUAUCGCCCUCUCUCUUCCCUUUUGGUAUGGUCUUUGGAUUCCUUCUCAUCCAGCCAGACACAAGCCCGACCAUCUACUCACACCACAUUCCGCCUCCCCGCCCUUCCAACCCCUUCAGUCUAGGCAUCUUCUCCCAUUGGAGGCCAGGUCUAGAGGCAGCAAUAAAAGUCAGCUUGGUCCAGAGAGAGAGAGAGAGAGAGAGAGGGAGGGAGGAGCGUGCGGCUGGGUGCUGAGUGAAGAGGCUCAACGGCAUCAUCUUUCCCAUCUUCCCCGGCCGGAAGGCAUCGGCCAGUUGCUCACGCGCAUUGGCUGCCUCACGGACCAGGUGUGUCAGUGUUAUCUUGUAGCAUUUUCCUUCCAUUCUGCUCUCCAACUUUUUCGUUCUAUCUGGUCGGCCUUGAGUCGUCUUGCCGCAUCUUCCAAGCAGUCCUUGUCUGUCUGCUCUGUCGGGUUGUUCUGUCCACACGGGCUGCCUUUGGCAUUUUUGCCGAUUGCCCUAGUUUCAAUGGGCAACACAUGCACAACCAGACUUGUGUGCGUCGGUAUGAAUUGCCCAAACAUGGUUGGCUGGACGCACGGGCCGACUGGUUUGCCCGGUCUUCCUACUCGAGCCGACUGCUCAGCUCAUAGUGGGGCCAGAUGA